GUUCUGUGUCUGACAGAAGAAGAUGAGGCUGAUCCUGAUACUCACUGCUUUGCAGUUUAAAGCCUCCAGGUCGCAGAUCAGUGGUUAUGGAAGUAAAACAGCUGUCUAUGGCGGAGAUGCACACUACUCUUGCUCAGUAGCAAACCCCACAGGUGUGAUCCAGGUCACAUGGCAGAGGAUUUUCAAGGAAGAGGUUGUUGAGAAUUUGGCAACCUACAGCCAGCGGUUCGGCCAGCACGUAAAUGACCCUCACAAAGAGAAGGUGACCUUCACAGAGGCGUCUCUCGGCUCCACGUCCAUCGCUCUGAGGAACGUGACAUGGGGGGACGAGAGCUGUUACGUCUGUUCUUUCAACGUGUUCCCUGAAGGGUCCAAACGAAAGCAGACUUGCCUCACGGUGCAAGGGAUUUCCGAAGUCAAAACAGAAGUUGAACGGGAGGACGAGAAGGUUGUGUUCAGGUGCUCUGCGACAGGUAAACCCGCUCCAACCAUUGGCUGGGCCUUCUCACCGGGCGCCACGCCCUCAGACCCACCGCAGAGUUUGAUAGUAACGAACAGUGACCACACGUUCACCAGCAGUGGCAACGUCACUCUGCACGCGCCUGCAGGGUGGGCGGGGCACGCAGACUGUCUGCUGAACGGCGGAGAGGCGGGACCACGGCGGGAGAGGAUCCACUUUUCUCUACCUGAUGGGAAGGAGGAAGAGGAGGGGAAAGGCCUGUCUUCAGCAAGGAUCGCACUUGUCAUCGUCGCCGUGUUGCUCAUCUCAUCGAUCAUCGUUGCUGCUAUGACACGACACAGGUUAAAGGGUAUCAGACGAAAUGAACAUGUUUGACGAGCCUUUCACGCUGCCGACUGUGGACAUUCAAGCAUUAUAAAAAUCUGCAUUUUAUUACAUCUAAACUUUAGAGGUGAACAGUGAGUUAAGUUUAAAGCUCCGCAGGUUUUUUUCAAAUCCAUCUCUUCUUUUAAAUUUCAAUACUAAGCACUUGAACAUUGUAUGGAGCAACCAAAGAGAGAAUACACAGAUGUGAUUUACAUAACUCCCUAAUAUGCAGUUAACUCUGCUCUUAUUCACAGUCACAUUGAGGUGAAAACAAGAAAAUGUGCCGCGUAGCAACAGCGCCAUCUAGUGUACUUAGUGGGGGAGAAGACGAAGCCCAAAUUCACAGCAAAUUUAAACAGUUUAUCUUUUUAAAGUUGACACGUGAUUGUGCGAUUGCAAGAUUGGCACUUAUGAAUAGUUAUAUAUAUAUAUAUAUAUAUAUAUAUAUAACUAUUCUAUAUAUAUCUAUAUACUGUUAGAUUAUUUAUAAUAUAGUAAACAAUAGACAUAAUAUAUCAAGAAUUGUGUUGCACUUUAACGUUUGUUUGUACAAAUUGUAUUUAACUUGUUUUAAAAGAGCUUAUAUUGUACUCUAUGUUUUCUUUAUUUAUUCUGUGCCACAUUACAUAUGAACAUUUAUUUUAGUUUGGUUAAUAAAGCAAUUUUUUUAUUUUUGUCAGUGUCCCCAACAUGUUGUCUGUGGCCCUGGAUUAUAUCUAUAAGAAAGGCCCCUCACUUUAUGUAAAUAACCAGCGGAACAACAGCGUCAGACCAAAUUCAUCGUCAUUCAUUUGUAUGACAGUGGGGGGUUGUUUCUAAAUUAUCUGUAAAUAUACAUCAUGGGACACAGAACCAACGCACCCUGACAUAAUAAAUGUAUAUGUGUGGUGUUUAGCAUCCAAUUAAUAAAAUAAAUCCUCUUAA